CAAAUACAGUUUAAAGAUAUUACAAAAUUGAAAUAAAGAAAAUGAAUGUGUGAUUAAAUUGAAUUGAAAAGCACAUUCAUCCAUUGACUUCAUCAAAAACGAGCAAAAUAAAAGUCCCAGAAUGCAUUUCGCAAAAAAAGGGCAGAUUCAGAAAGACUGGUCGCAUCGCAGUUACCUUUGCGCUAUUUAGCUAGAAUUAGCUUUAUUUCUGUAAUUACAUUCCAGUAGUGAAGGGGUUAGUAAAUCAAUUGACAUGGAAUAUUAAGUGUCACAAACUAGCUAUGUGCCUUUGAUGUGUUUGUGAAAUAAACGAAGCACUUUAUAUUAUUUUUAAUUCGCAGCAGCAGUCAUCGCUGGAAAAAAAAAAACAAGGAGGUGCCGACAUGGCCUCAGUCGUAGCGAAACGAGAAGGACCACAGUUCAUCAGUGAGGUUGCUGUGAGGGGCAACGCCGCAGUGCUGGACUACUGCCGGACGUCGGUGUCAGCUCUGUCGGGGGCGACAGCGGGCAUCCUUGGGCUCACAGGACUGUACGGAUUUAUCUUCUAUUUCCUCGCCUCGUUCCUCCUCUCCCUUCUUCUCAUCAUCAAGGCCAGUCGCAGGUGGAACAAGUGCUUCAAGUCUCGGAGGAUGCUCUUUACAGGAGGGCUUGUUGGAGGUCUUUUUACCUACGUCCUGUUCUGGACUUUCCUCUACGGAAUGGUGCAUGUGUACUAAUAAAAUUGACCAUAAUGUUGAGCAAGUUUUAAACCUAAUGUCAUGUAAAUCCAAUUAUAAUUGUCUAACUUCCCGCAAAACUUUGUAGAUAUAGGCGAUUGAUUAAAUACCUUGUUAGAUUAACUGUUUAUUAUACAGCUACGUGAAGUAUGUCUGUCAGCAACUCUAUUUAUACAUAAACUAAAACAUGUCCUGCUUUCUCUUAUUUACUGAACUGUUAACUGCUGCAGUAUGUUAUUGUUUAUCUCUGCUCUAUUGCAUCUCUAGGAUAACUGAAUUUACCAAAUGUUUGUCAUCUAGCAGUUGAUACAUGUUAUAAUAAACAUUGAUCAGUAAUGUGCCUGAUGCAAAAAUAUUUUUCAAGUAGUGUAAAUAGGAUAUAACGGCUCUGGUUGGAUCCUUCAAAAUAAAUAACUCCAUA